GAGAGAAAAAAUAACAGAAAUGUUAGUACUGCCGGCGCAGAUGAUCAGCGGCGUGAUCCAGAGGCAGAACUGCCAAAAGCUGUGAGAUUCAAUGAGUUGGACUCUGGGUUCGCCCGGAGGGAGUGAGCGGUGGGAUGCAGUGACGAGAGAUGGGCAGCGCCGUUGCCAGGAUCAAUAGAGAUCGCAGAAGGAAGUAGUUGACUUUUCUUAAGUCCGGGGGAACCGGUGGGGUCGUUCCCCGCGCCGACUCGUGUGUGUGUGUGUGUGGUAGCCUGGCCAAUUGCAAUCCCUGCGUGAUUCCCCAGAUAAGGAAGGGGCUUGAAUCAACCACCACCCCCCCCCCCCCCCCCUCCCCGGGGAACAGCGGCAGGGGCUUUCUUUGUGUCGAAGGCAGGACUGAGAUCAGUUGGAACCUGAAGACCUCCCUCUCGGUGUGUUCAUUGAAACGACCUGCUCCCGCGAGUCGAUGGACCUUUCGAAGCCCGGGGCAGAAAUUACAGCGCUGCUGUGAUCCACAUGAAACCAACCGCAGGCGGCUCUGUCUCGCUUUAAAUGAAAGGAAGGGAUGGGAAACAGUGCUCAGAAAACCCAUGCAGAUGCAGCUCACCAGACCCGUUCUGGAUCUGCUCGUCAGUAUUACACAGUUCCAACCAGCGGUCAUGAACGGAGAGCACAUUUAAACAUCGCUGAACCUCCGAGAUUUCACUCGCAGGCCAAAGGGAAAAAUGUUCGUCUGGACUCGCAUUUCAGAAAAGCCACUCGGAAAAACAGUUUCUGUAAUGGUGUAACGUUCAGCAACCGUCCAGUUCACCUUUAUGAAAAAGUGCGAUUACGGUUAUCAGUGGUACUUCAUGGAUGGAGUGGUGCUUUACGGUUUGGUUUUACAAGUCAUGAUCCCUCUCAGAUGAGCUCUGCAGAUAUCCCAAAGUAUGCCUGCCCUGAUUUGGUAACCAGGCCUGGUUUCUGGGCCAAAGCUUUGCCUGAAAGAUUUGCUCUGAAAGACAAUGUCCUUGCUUUUUGGGUGGACAGACAUGGACGAGUAUUUUACAAUGUGAACGAUGAAGACCCUGUUCUUUUCCAGUGUGGUAUUAAUGUUUCAGGACCACUCUGGGCAUUGAUUGACAUUUAUGGAAUUACACAAGAGGUCCAAAUGCUUGAGAGUAUGUUUGCAGAAACCAUAACUUCAGCACGACUCAACACAGCACGACUGAAUAGUUGCCUUCCUCAGACAAGUCAUGACAAUGCCAACUUCAAUAAUAAUGAACUGGAGAAUAGUGUUGUGGUGGCAAAAAUCACAAACCUAAAUGUAGGUGAAGUUCAAAGCCUUGCAGCAGACAAUCACAAUUUACCAUGUUGUACCAACAGAAGGCUUCGCUCACGAGGCCUACCAUCCUUCCUCGACACUGACCUUCACUUUCACCACAUACGAGGGCCUGACAUCACUCUUUCUCAGGACAGGAUGGGCGCGUGCACAAACUGGAAGGAGAGUACUAGGACCCUGGUGUUCUCUGACCGACCUUUACAUAUUGGGGAGACCUUGUAUGUGGAGGUGGGGCAUUUAGGGUUACCAUAUUAUGGUGCUCUGCUCUUUGGUGUGACAUCAUGCGACCCCAGUACUCUGCGAACAAAUGAGCUCCCAGCAGAUCCAGACUUCCUGCUUGAUCGUAAGGAGUAUUGGGUGGUGUACAGAGGUUUCUCAGUGCCCAACAGCGGUGAUAUUUUCAGUUUCACUAUUCUGCCAAAUGGUGAGCUCCAUCAUCGUGUUAACGGAAUUAAUGUAGGGAUGCUGGUCUUUGUGGAUACCACCCAGUCACUGUGGGUAUUCUUCAGCUUACAUGGAGUGGUCAAUCAGCUCAGGAUACUGGGUACGUCUCAGUCCAGUCCUGCAGAUGUAUCUCCUUCAGGUUCUCCAGGUGGUUCCCAUUAUGACAGUGACUCUGACAUGGCAUUCAGCGUUAAUAGAUCCUCAUCUGCAUCUGAAUCAUCACUUGUGACUGCACCCAGCUCUCCCCUGAGCCCUCAGUUCUCCCCAAGUUUCUCUCCGCCUGAACCACCGAGUAGCAAAAAUGGAGAAUGUGCCGUCUGCUUCGACAGUGAAGUUGACACUGUUAUUUACACUUGUGGACAUAUGUGUCUCUGCUACGACUGUGGUCUUAAGCUGAAGAAGCAGAUCAAUGCCUGCUGUCCCAUCUGCAGGCGAGUUAUAAAGGAUGUCAUUAAGAUAUACCGUCCAUGAGAUAAUUGGCUCCUAUUUGGACUGUUUCUCAAUCCACACUGUCGUUUUUUUUAAAAAAUGUAGCGUUUUUAUGGAUAUGUAAAGCUUCUAUUGCUCACUUUAAUUUCAGUUAUAUGCACAAAGUGUGGCUGUAUUCUUUGUCAUUCACUUAAUUUCUCUAUCUCUUUAUUUGUCUUCCCCCUUUCUGUCCCUGUAUCUGCUGUCUGCAGAUACUCGCUGGCAGGAAAUUGGGAUGGCUGCACACAUUUCCACCUGUAGAAACAGAGCCACUUGAUAACUAAUCAGUAUAUCUCAAGCAGAGAAAUUUGGACACCAUCUCAUAGCCAGGCUGAAUACAGGUUAAUUAUUCUAGCUAAAAUUAAGCUGUUCAAUUGAAGAGCAAUAUUCUUCUGAUUUAUUUUGCUAUUCUGUCAUUGCUCCAGGAAAAAUACUAAUCAUCAAGAAAGACCAAAUAAUCUGAGAAAGAAAGAUAUUCUGUAAGGAUGUCUCAUGAUCACAUCUACCACAAUAUUCCUAAUGACUAACUAUAAGCAGUUAUUUUCCACAGGCAGUUAUCUAUUGGUCUACAGGGAUCAGUAAUGAAUUCUCUCCACAUAUUCUCCACAAAGAUUGAUAUUAUUGCAUCUGCUUCAUGCACAACAGCCUGCAAAGUUAUUUAGAGAGAUCUCAGUUGCCAUAUUCAAUUAAGACAUCAUAGUUGCCUUUAAAGUACAUAUUAAAUUUAAUCUGGAGAUAAUGUACAUAUUUCUAACAGAUUAGUUCAUGUCUAAUUGCUGUUGUGUUGUGGAUGCGACAUGCAUGCCAAAAUUGAUAGCUCACCUGUGGUGAAGUACCCCCAAAUUGAGAGCUAUUUUGUUUAAGUUUUCUAAAACAUCAAGCAGUGACUUUGCAGAAGGAAUUGGGGAGCUUGAUGGCUUCAAUAUAAUGACUGGAAGUUGUAGUAUCCCUUUUGGGCGCAAAUUCAAAAACAAUAAAAAAUAAAUGCAUAACAGUGACCACAAACAGGACCUUUUAUUCAAAGAAAUCUUGUUUUAUUAUUUGUUUAAAAUUGGUCCUUUUCUUGUUGUAUCUGCUGAUCAGGUCAUCUCACAGGUUUUUGGUUCAUUAACAGCUGUUUCACUUGUACCCCUCUGUAAAAACAACAACAACUCGAUGCCGUAUCUGAUUGAGAUCUGCUUCCCUGUAAUCCCAUGGUUCAGGACAUGGAGAGGCCAUUCCAUGAAGUGGAAGAAACAGAAAUGAUUCAGGGUGAGGAGAGGAAGCCUGAAGAGGCUCCAUUAACCAAAUUUUCAAUUGAUUCAUAAGUUUCAGAAUCUUGGCUAACAUGCCAGCAAAGAGAUAUUGCAACUUUUAAUAUGGCUUUAACAAGUAGAAGUUUUAUGCUGGAUUUUUUUCUGUGGUGAUUCAAAGCUACAGGUGCCUUACAUAGGAAGGUGAUGCACUUUUUUCUGAUUCCCCGUGAACUUUGACUGCCACUAUUAUAGAUUCACUGACUAAUGGCAAAGUAGUUUUAUAGGACUCACGUGACAACCACAAAAAUAUUUUCCUUUUGAUAAUGGAGUGAAAAUGGUAUCUAACACAAAUAUAUUUAAUAUCUUGCCUAAUUUGCUGACUUUGUACAAAAAUAGUAUCUAGUUUCGUUAGAGUAUUGUUUCAAUAUUGAAGAUGAUGGCUCAUACUACAAACGUCAACAGACACUUUGUAUAAACUUUGCUCGCAAUAUAUAGUGUAAACAUUAUAAAUUCUUUUGCACUUAAUUUAAA